UGGGGAAACACAAUAGUGGGGGAUCUGAUGCAAUAAUAAACGUGAUUCUUCGUCAACACUCCAAUUUUUUAAAGCUUACAACAGUAAGUUGUAAGGAAGCUCACUUCUCAAGUCAAGUUCUUAUCAGUUACUAACUUCUUGUCCAAGUCCUCAGAAAAUCUCUCUCUCUCUCUGUGUGCCUUUCAGUAAUGAAAUUUAGCCAGACUUCAAAAUUCUCUCAAAUCCUUUUCUCCAUUUCCUUCUCUCUUUCAAUUGAUGUAAUUUUAUCUAAAUUCCGUGAAAAAAUCACGGAUUUCUAAACCUUUCAGGAUCUUCAAAAACUCUCUCAAAAAUAGUUGAAGAGAUCUGGAGAUUGAAUGAAUCAGAUGAAGAGAAGUAGGAGUAUUCAACAGAAAUCUUCUUCUAAUUGCAAUAGUGAUCGAAGAUGGAAGAUAAAUAUAUUAGUAGCAAUUUUGCUGUGUAUUUGUUUUGGAAGCUUAAUACUAAUGGAAACACAGUAUAAUCAAAUGAAGAUGUUAAUGGAGGAAAUUCCUAGUCAGUUUGUUCGUCAAAGUCCCAAAAUUGCUUUUCUUUUUAUAGCAAGGAAUCGACUUCCUCUUGACAUUGUUUGGGAUUCUUUCUUUCAGGGAGACAAGGAGUCCAGGUUUUCUAUUUUCAUUCAUUCUAGGCCAGGUGUAUUUUUCAACAAGGGAACAACACGAUCUGCUUAUUUUUAUGGUCGUCAGGUUAAUGGAAGCAUACAGGUAGAUUGGGGAGGAGCAACCAUGAUAGAAGCUGAGCGUAUUUUGCUCAGAAAUGCCUUGUUGGAUUCCAAUAAUGAGAGAUUUGUUUUUUUGUCUGACACCUGCAUACCUUUAUAUAACUUCAGCUACACAUACGAGUAUAUCAUGUCAACAUCAAACAGCUUCUUAGACAGCUUUGCUGAUACAAAAGAGAAAAGAUAUAAUCCAAAGAUGCAUCCAGUUGUUCCUGCACAUAAUUGGAGGAAAGGAUCUCAGUGGACUGUUUUGAAUAGAAAGCACGCGGAAGUCAUCGUGAAAGACGAUACAGUCUUUCCAAUGUUUCAGCAGUAUUGCAUGAGGAAAUCACUACCCGAAUUUUGGAGGGAUCAUCCUGUUCCCGCAGAAGGGUGGAAGGAGCAUAACUGUAUACCUGACGAGCAUUAUGUACAGACAUUACUAGCACAAGAAGGACUUGAAGGAGAAAUCACUCGGAGAACUGUGACACAUACUUCAUGGGAUCUCUCAGCUUCCAGAGAUCGUGAGAGGCGUGGAUGGCAUCCAACAAGUUACAAGUACUCUGAUGCUACCCCUGAGCUGAUCCAGUCUAUAAAGGACAUAGAUAACGUGUACUAUGAGACUGAAUAUCGAAGAGAAUGGUGUUCCAGCAAAGGGAAACCAUCACCUUGUUUCCUCUUUGCGAGGAAGUUUACACGGCCUGCUGCGCUCCGACUUCUAAAUAUGACUGCCUUGGGAAUCGAGAGCUCUCGAUGAAGGAUGGAGACAAAGAAUUAUAAUCUUUAUAGUGGUUUUGUUGUUGUUGUGAAAUUAAUACGAACUCACAAUUGAUAAUUAGUGGUAGGUAACUAGCAUGUGAAAAAAAGAAACAUGUGUUUUGGUAAAAAAAAAAGAAGAAUCAUUGUAUGUAACUUACAAAUGUACUAUAAGUGAAUAAGAGAGGAAGGAAUGUGUGUUAACAGGGUGGUGUUCUCUUCCUAGUAAUUGUAAAGAAAGUCUGAAAAGGUUAUACUGUCAAUAUAGUGUGUAUUCUGCUUCAAAAAAAA